CUAAAAAUAAAACGCUAUAUACUAUAUACCCGUAUACACUACACUUAUACAUAGUGUGUUAAGCAGCAGGGUCAACGAAGCUUUUUCCGUACGCGGCGCACGUUGGGCCUUAUUUAGCCGAUUUGCUGGGCUCAAUACGCUGGUGGUUUUGCUAUUUCAGUUCGUAUUCGCCGCUCAACGUAAAAUGUUGUGAGGCAUUUGAAACCCAAAAACAAAAACAUACUCACUACUUAUUUACCAAUUUCUGGUCAUGGCUUUUGUCGUCAAAGUAUUGGCCAUUUUUGUAAUGGCAACCAUUUUCUUGCACGUGGCCCUUGCAUUGGAGUUAAUGGAUGACCUCGGUUUUGGAAACGAAGAUGAAGUUCAUCAUUUGGACGAGGAGUCCUCUGCCGAGGUGCCUGGAAUUUUAACUGGUUAUACCAGGGAUACGAUUGCCCAUUUCAAUCCUCGGAAAGCUGAUGCAGGCUUUCGACAAUUGUGGGAACGAGUUCCUCCUCUACAAAAGGUCGAUGUAAUUAAGAGAAGAUAGAGGAACCUAUUCAUAGCAAGAAUUAUUAAUUUUAAGUCGUGACCAAAUAAUCAAGUUAAUGUCAGUAUAAUUAAUAGAUUUUUUUUUGACAAAGUAUUUAUUAAAUUGAUAUAUAAAUAUUUAUAAAUAUAAUCAAAUCAGCGUAAAAAGCAACCUAACAAGCAUUUCAUUUUUAAAUUAUAGACCA